CAGGGCGAGGCUAUCAUUUACAGCCAGGCAUUAGCUGCCAGACUCUGCCCAGGGUGUGUUAUCAUCUGCAUAGCCGAGAACACUGAAGUCACAUCACUGAGAGUUUCGGCCACCAGUGACAGGAACCCCCGCUUCGUCAGUUGGGAGAGAAGACGGUUGGGAGAUUCGAGUGAGAUGGCAUCCACGGAGCCUGAACCAAGGGCCAGUGCAACAGGCAAUGCCACGACUAGUGGUGUGGAUCAGACACCCGGCCACAAAUCAACAGAUACAGAUACUUUAUUCACCGAGACUCUGGCCCUGUACAACGGGUACCAGCUGCACAGACUGACAAAGUUCUAUCGGGACAGAUUGGAACAGGCCAUCGAGGAAGGCGUGGAGGACAUCAGCUCAACACUGACACAGAAGGAAUGUUUCAGCCCGCAGGAGCACAAAAAACUCAUUGAGCUCACACACAGUGGGCAGAGGAGACAAAGCUCCAAACUUCUUCUGAACAUGGUGAUGGGGAAAGGUUCCCAGGCAAGGAUGGUGAUGUGGGAAUCAUUUGUGGAACUGAGGCCCACUUUACCCAAACUGAGCAAAGUCAUGACUGAAAUACAGCGACAAGGUAGCAGCCUAGUGAAUGAAGUGACCAUUGACCGAAGUGUACCAGACGUCCCCAGUGAACUUAUAGCCAUUCAGCGACAGCACAAGGAGACGUUACAGAAACAAUGUGAGAAGCUGGAGGUGAAGACCAUCCUGAUAAAGGUAAAAGUAAAGAAGUUUCAGCUGGUUGAUCACUACACGGAGUUAACAAUCAUUUCGGAUCUCCGUCACCGGAAUCUGGUAGAGCAUGAACUGCUGGCGAGAGGGAGAGAUCACGAGGAGUGGAGACAGAAGAAAAUCCGGGGAGAGCUCGAGAAAAUCACAACUGAUAAAUUAUUCCACAGCAGCUUCUCGAAAAUAAGUCAUUUACCUUCCUCCCACGGAAGCGUUCCUGGUUCUCCCACAGGAACUUCUGCAGUAGUCAGUGGAGUUGCUGGGAUUGGAAAAACAACCAUGGUGCAAAAGAUUAUACAUGAUUGGGCGACAGGCAAAAUCUACCCUCACUUUCACUUUGUUUUUGUUUUCAAAUUUCGAGACCUAAACACACGUAACAGCAGAAUCACACUGAGACAGCUGAUCCUAGAUGAGUAUCCUUACCUCAAGGAUGUUCUGAACGAGCUGUGGAAACAGCCAGAAAGAUUGCUCUUUAUAUUUGAUGGUUUGGAUGAAUUCAGUGCAAGGAUUGAUUUUACUGACAAGCGGGGAGACACGGAAUCUCAGCACAUGUGCACAGAUCCCGGAUUCUGGUGUGAUGUCUCGGAUAUUGUGUACAGUUUAAUACAGCAAACGCUGCUGCCAGGAUGCUCAGUGCUGGUGACCAGCCGCCCCACUGCAUUACAGUUACUGGCAAAGGCUCAGGUCAGUGUCUGGGCUGAAAUCCUGGGAUUUGUUGGUGAAGAGAGAAGGGAAUAUUUUCACAAUUUUUUUCAAGAUCAGGAAGUGGCGGCUGCUGUUUACAGCCACGUGGAGGAGAACGAGCUCCUGUUCACCAUGUGCUACAACCCGUCUUACUGCUGGAUCCUCGCUCUGUCUCUUGGUCCCUUCUUUACUCGGAAACACAGCAACAAACAGGAAGUGCCCAAGACAAUCACACAACUCUUCUCCUAUUAUAUUUACCAUAUUUUAACACAUCACAGUGUCAAGGUGGAAAGCCUCCGUGAUGUGAUGCUGAAGAUUGGUGAGAUGGCAUUCAAUGGAGUCUCCCAGAGAAACAUUGUGUUUAACGAUGAAGAUCUGAUCAAAUAUAAGCUCGAACCUUCCCAGUUCGUCUCUGGGUUUCUCAUGGAACUUGUGGAGAGAGAGUCUUCAGAGUACAGCGUGGUCUACACAUUCCCGCACCUCACCAUCCAGGAGUUUGUAGCCGCACUCGCUCAGUUCCUGAUUCCGAAUCCAGAAAGUCUUCAGAAAUGUUUUUAUACAAAAGCUCGGAGUAAAGGGGACGGCCGAUUUGAGAUACUUCUGCGAUUUGUUGCUGGUCUCUCCUCCCCACGGGCAGCUAAGCCACUGGAGGAGUUUCUGGGUCGAUUUGUCCCCCAGACAACCUGCGAUGUGAUCGAUUGGCUGAAGGAGAAUAUUAAAGCUCAGAUCAAAGACGCAGACACGGUCACUGGGAAAAUGACGCUGCUGAACGCACUCCACUACCUGUUUGAGUCUCAGAAUCAAACCCUGGCACAGCUCACAAUGGGCUCUGUACAAACACUGACAUUUGGUGGUGACUCCUCAGGAGAAGCAUUGAGACUGACACCGAUAGACUGUGCUGUGCUGUCUCAGGCCAUUGGACUUUGUGACACAAUAAAUCUAUUGGAUCUGAGGAACUGCUACAUUCAGGAUGCUGGUCUCCAGCGUCUGGCUCCUGCUUUGCUCAAGUGUCAGGAUUUGCGGCUGAGGAGCAAUAAUCUGGGAGAUUGUGGAGCGAAGCGACUGAGUGAGGCCCUGAGGAACCCGGACUGUAAAAUACAGAGUCUGUGGUUGGAAUAUAACCAUCUGACAGCUGAUUGUACCGAGGAUCUGGCCUCUGCACUCAGUACAAACCACUCACUGACGCAGCUGAUCCUGAAUAACAAUAACCUUAGAGAUUAUGGAGUGAAGCGACUGUGUGAGGCUCUGAGGAACCCGGAGUGUAAAAUACAGAGACUGGGGCUGGACAGUAACAGCCUGACCGAUGACUGCACUGAUGAACUGGUCACCGCUCUCGUUACAAGUCGCUCACUGAGGAACCUGGACCUGAUGUAUAACUCCUUCACAGACGGCUCUGUCCCCGAUCUCAGUCAUCUCAUACAGACCUGCACCAGCCUGGAGGAGAUCAAGCUGUUGGGGAAUGGGUUCAGUUCAGACGGAGAGAAUCAACUCGAGUCACUGCGUGGAUUCAGAGCGGAGCUGACAGUGACAGUGAGACACUGGAUGAGGGAGUGAUUCUCCACACAGUCGGUGUGAUGUGGAAUAUAUUCUGGAUACUUUAGUUAUUGUUUAUUAAAUAUGAUAAUCGUGAAUCGCUUAUCAUCGCCAUCCCAGCUCUGGGGACCGCGAUAAUCACAUAAAUCCUGUGACUUACCUGCCCUCAGGCUCUCUUUCUUUUUUUAUUGUUGUUUUUCUCUCUUUCUCUCACAGUC